AUGGAAGGUCUUGGCGUGACAGCAAAUGUCAUCGCUGUGGUCGAGAUCUCAGACAGAACAGACAUUGAAUGGGUUCUACAGGAGACGGCCAAUUUGAAAAAUACGGCUGAAGCGGUGCAGAGACUGCUAGAGGGUGGAAAAGCCGACAAACUUCAAACGUCGCAAAAGCUACUGGCUGCUGCUAUUUAA